AUGGUUUUUAUCGGCGCAGUGCCCGACUUCCACUGCCGGUUAUCACAGUACAAUCUCUCAGGUACAUCCUUACACAAUCUCUCCUAUAGGCAGCUCAAGAGACUGGUGAUUCCGAAAGGGGAGAAGUGCUUUCAGUUGAACGUCACGCUGGAGGAGCUAACCAUCAUAGAAUUAGAUUAUAAUGCUAGCUCGUCAAACGUGUGGAACAAAACCAACCGCUUAACACCAUGUGUCAAUGGAUAUGAGUUCUCUAGGGUGGAUUAUCAGGAUACUAUUACAUCUGAGUUCGACCUGGUCUGUAACAACAAAUUCUGGAUUAGCACAUCCAAGUCUGUCUUCUUCGUUGGCCGACUUGUUGGGGCAGUUAUCUUUGGCCAGCUGUCGGACAGGUAUGGGCGACGACCCAUGUUUUUCCUGGGAUGUAUAUUAUUGGUGAUUGCUGGGACCUUGGCCUCGUUUGCCCCCAACAUGUACGUGUUCCUGCCCGCUUACUUCUGCCAAGGGGCUGCACACACCGGCGCCUUUCUGGUCUCCUACACCUUGUCCACGGAACUGGUGGGGCCUAAUUAUCGGACACUGGCCGGUUUCGUCAUCCAAGGCUUCUACAGUAUCGGCUUCAUGUCUCUGGCUGGUAUCGCUUACUUCGUCAGGGAUUGGCGAUACUUGGAGAUGGCGAUUACUGCUCCGACUUUGCUCUUUGGGAUCUACUGGUGGUUCCUACCGGAAUCGGUCAGAUGGCUGAUCUCUCAUGGCAAGGACGCCGAAGCCGAAGACAUCCUGAGGGCGGCUGCCAAAGAGAACGGUGUGACUCUGAACAGCGAUAUCAUUGAGUCGCUGAAGCAUGCUCAGCCAGUGACUGAGGGCCGCCAGUAUUACUUUCUGGACCUGGUCAACAACUGGAAGAUGGCCAGACUGUCCCUCAACAUUUGGUUUAACUGGCUGGUCAACGCCCUGGUCUACUAUGGACUGUCGUUAAAUACAGGGAAUCUAGCAGGCGACCCGUAUCUGAACUUCUGCAUAGCCGGAGCUGUGGAGAUCCCAGCCUAUGCGCUGUGUAUAGCCUUCCUCAACAAGGUUGGUCGUCGCUGGCCGCUAGUGCUCUCCAUGUACCUGGGUGGGCUGGCUUGCAUCUUGUCUGGUUGCAUUCCUGUCAAUGGCAGCAGGGGUGUUGAAACUCUGACGGUCAUCCUGGCGAUGAUUGGCAAAUUUGGAAUCACAGCUUCCUACGGAAUUAUCUACCUGAUGGCUGCCGAAAUCUUCCCCACAGUGACCAGAAACAUCGGAAUGGGCGUGGCCUCAAUGUCAGCUCGGAUUGGGGGAAUUCUGGCGCCAUUUUUCCUUGACCUGAAAACGGUUUCUGAAGCCUUGCCCCUAAUUCUGUUUGGCGGGUUGUCCCUGUUGGCCGGAAGUCUAGCUCUGAUGCUCCCAGAGACUGCCGGGAAACCACUGCCACAGCUACCGGAAGAUGUGGACACAGGGAUAUCCGGUAGGUUUGUGUCCUACUUGUGGAGAUUUAUCUCCCUUUAG